AUGGUCUCGAAUGAAGCCAAUCAAUAUUUGGGCAUUAUCCAGUUACUUAAUCAUUUCCGAUGGGCAUGGGUUGGACUCUUUGCUGUGGACGAUGAGAGUGGAGAUCAUUUUCUAAUGAAUCUGGAGCCAUUGUUUUCCAAGAGUGGAAUCUGUAUAGCCUUCACAGAAAGAAUCCCAAACCAAGUCAAUUAUCAUGAUGUGGAUGUAUUUUUGAGCAUGGCCUGGACUAUCUAUACUCCUUUAAUGGAUAAGAAAGCAAGAACAUUUGUCAUCUAUGGUGAUACACUGACCAUUAAUUGGCUAGUCUGUUUAAUGAUUCUAGCAGAGCCUGAAUAUCAGGAAAGCACAACUAUUGGAAAGGUUUGGAUUAUGACUGCACAGAUUGAUUUUGCCAUAACAGCUCUUGCAAGGAGUUUUGAUUUAGAGAUAUUUGAAGGGACAGUUUCCUUUGCAAUUCACUCAAGUAAACCUCAAUAUUUCCAGACAUAUCUUCAGAACAUAAGACACUACUGGACACCAGGAGAUGGUUUUCUCAAGGACUUCUGGGAGCAAGCUUUCAACUGUUCUUUUCCAAAUCAGAAAGUGCCAAAAGCUGAUAGAACAUGUACUGGGGAGGAGAGGCUGGAGAGCCUUCCUGGGCCUGUGUUUGAAAUGCACAUGACAGGCCACAGCUACAGCAUAUAUAAUGCUGUUUGUGUUGUAGCACAUGCAUUGCAUGCUAUGGACUCAUCUAGAUCUAAACGCAGGGCAAUGAUGAAGAGUAAAGAAGCUGAACAUCAAGAUCUUAAGCCUUGGCAGCUCCAUCCAUUUCUUCAAGGUGUUUUGUUUAACAAUUCUGCUGGAGAAACAGUGUCCUUUAAUGAUAAGAGGGAAGUGGUGGCUGGAUUUGAUAUAAUGAAUUUGCUCCCAAAUAAUUCCUUCCUUAGAGUUAAAGUUGGAAGGGUGGAUCCCAGUGAAGAAACACAAUUCUUCAUUAAUGAAAGUAUGAUCGUGUGGCACAGGCAUUUUAAUGAGGGGCUGCCCCUUUCUGUCUGUAGUGACUCCUGCCACCCUGGAUUCCAGAAGAGAAAGAGGGAAGGGGAGAAAUUUUGCUGCUUCGAUUGUGCUCCAUGCCCAGAAGGCAAGAUUUCAAACCAAAAAGAUAUGGUCGAAUGUGUCAAAUGCCCUUCAGACCAAUAUCCAAGCAAGCACCAAGAUAGAUGCAUUCCCAAACGUUUAACUUUUCUUUCUUAUGAAGAACCUCUAGGGAUCAGUUUAGCCACUGUGGCUGUCUCUUUUUCCCUGAUCACAGUCUUGGUGCUAACAACUUUUAUCAAGCACAAAGAUACCCCCAUAGUCAAAGCCAACAACCUGGACAUCACCUAUGCUCUCCUUGUCUCCCUCCUGCUCUGCUUCCUCUCUUCUUUCCUGUUUCUCGGACAACCUGGAAAAGUGACCUGCUUUCUCCGUCAAUCUGCUUUUGGCAUCAUAUUUUCAGGGGCUGUUUCUUGUGUGUUGGCCAAAACCAUCACUGUGGUUGUAGCUUUCAUGGCCACCAAACCAGGGUCCAGCAUGAGGAAGUGGGUGGGGAAACGACUGGCCAACUCAAUUGUCUUUUCCUGCUCCUUUAUUCAAGUAGGUAUUUGUGGGGUGUGGCUAGGAGCAUCUCCCCCAUUUCCAGAACUGGACAUGCUGUCACUGCCUGAAGAGAUCAUAGCAGAAUGUAAUGAAGGGUCUGUCGUCAUGUUAUAUCUUGUCCUGGGUUAUAUGGGACUUUUGUCCAUCAUCAGCUUCACUGUGGCUUUCCUGGCCAGAAAGUUGCCUGACACUUUUAAUGAAGCCAAGUUCAUCACCUUCAGUAUGCUGAUGUUCUGCAGUGUUUGGUUAUCUUUUGUUCCCACAUACCUCAGCACCAAGGGGAAAUCUAUGGUGGCUGUGGAGAUCUUCUCCAUUUUAGCCUCCAGUGCUGGAUUAUUGGCUUGCAUCUUUUCCCCUAAAUGCUACAUCAUAUUGCUAAAGCCUGAGCUGAACAACAGGGUGCAGCUGUUGAGGGGAAAAUAA